GCGGGAGCCGGAGCCGGGGCGGGAGCCGGGGCGGGAGCGGGAGGCCGCUGGUGCGCCGCGCGGAGGCGGGGAGGCCCGCCCGGCCCGAGCCAGGCCGCUGCCCGCGGGCUGCAGGUGGAGUCCGGAGGCCCGAGGGCGCUGGCCUGGGGCGCCCGGUGCUCGCGGACCCGCGCCGAGGCCCGCGGCUCCCCCGCCGCUCCGGGGCCGCGCCGCCGCGCCUCGUCCAUGGCUGAGGGCCGGCGGCGGGAGGACGAGGAGGAGGAGCUGCGCGAGCGCCGCGAGUUCGGGGGCCCGCGCCGUGCCCGGGGCCGCGCGCUGUCGGGCCACCCCGCUGCAGAUCGCAACGAACGAAAUAAACCAGAGCACCGUUCUUCAAGCCAAGGACCCUUGUCAUCCAUUAGAGCGGUAAUCAAGAGAUCUUCUCGGACUUCUUUUCAGAGUGAGCUUCAUCGAGAAAGGAGGCGCCCAGAGAUCACCAUUGUGGCAGCUGAGCCCCUGAGGCCGGCCUCGUGGUUUCCAGGAGCCCCACCCCCGGGCCUGGGGUAUCCCCCAUCUUCUGCAGCCGGCCCGUGGAGGCCCAGUGAGCUGGUUCCUGCUGAGCUCCCACCAUCUUAUGAACAAGUCAUAAAAGAAAUCAACCAAGUUCAAGUUAAUACUACGAAUAAUAAUAAUGCUGCUGCCCUUCCAAGGCACACAAUUACUUCUGCAACUCAGACUGACUUUUCAGAAGAAAUAGACAACCACCUGCCUCAAAGUGGUGCAACACUACAGGCACCUCUCAAGCCUCUCCAGCCUUUCCCGGAAGUCUCAGCCAGUGAUCUUCCAACAAAUGUGGCGCCUUUAAUAGUCUUUGAUAAUUCUGAAGAACAGAAUUGCCCAGAGAACUCCAGUGCUACAAGAUGUCCGGUGCCAAGACCAAGAUCAAAAGCCAACCUCAGACCAAUAGCCAGAGAUAGUCACCUUAGAGAGCAAAAUCACCACAAAACCAGCCCUGCGGCUACAGAAAAGGAAUCCUCUCUGAGCCAGCCCCAGUCUCUGUUGGACAGUACCAACAACUUGGAUAGUCAGGCAGUGAUGAACAUUAUGAACACAGAACGAAGCCAAAAUACUGUCGUUUCAAGAAUUAAAGCAUUUGAGAGUCAGACAAAUAAAGAAACCUCGGGACUCCCUGCAAAACCAGAAAUUGCACCCCGCACACUCCCCCCAAGGCCUGCUGCUCCCUCAGGGAAACCUUCAGUGGCUCCCAAGCCAGCUGCCAACAGAGCUUCUGGAGAAUGGGACUCCUGGGCUGAAAACAGACUCAAGGUGGCCCCUAGGGAAGGACUCACUCCACACUCUCCACCGCAAGAAGUAGGGAGCAUCCCAGUAACCAAACCUUUAUUGCCAAAGAAACCAAAUGCUGGCCUUAUACGAAGUGUUAAUCAUGAAAUUCUGGGAGGAGGGCCCAUGGCUGAGAGCCCUGACGGUGGGAAGAAAGUCCCAACUCCUGCUCCCCGGCCUUUGUUGCCGAAGAAAUCAGUUUCCUUGGAAAACCCCAACCCUACAACUUUGCUGAAACCAGUCACCGUUCCUCCCCGACUCUCAGUGGCAUCACAGGCCAAAGCAUUCAGGUCACUGGGAGAAGGGCCCCCAGCCAACUCCCCAGCUCCAGCUGUGCAAAGCAAGCCUCCAGGGGACAUUGACCUCAUCAGUUUUGAUGAUGAUGUUUUACCCACCCCAGCUGGGAACCUGGUUGAAGAAUCUGUUGGUUCAGAGAUGGUUCUGGAUCCCUUUCAGCUCCCCAUAAAAACAGAACCAACAAAAGAAGGAGCAGUUCAACCAGCUCCCACCAGGAAGCCCACUGUGAUUCGAAUUCCAGCCAAACCAGGAAAAUGUUUACAUGAGGAUCCACUAAGCCCACCUCCUCUCCCUACUGAAAAACCUAUUGGAAACACUUGCAGUACAGUAUCUGGAAAACUCAGUAAUGUUGACAGAACAAGAAACAUGGAAUCUGAUCACAUGGGUCAAACAGGAGGCUCUGUGCGAGGACCCCCAAGGUUGCCACCAAGACCUGUAAAUGGAAGAGUUACACCAGCUAGACAACCUCCUCCCAAGGGAGCCCCUGAGAGACCACCUCCCCCCAAACUUUCUGCAGCCAGAGCAUCAAAUAAAAAACUGCCUUUAAAUCGGUCUUCUUCUGACAUGGAUCUUCAGAAAAAGCAAAGUAACUUGGCAUCUGGACUCUGGAAAGCCAAGAGUCAAGUCUUUAAAAACCAAGAUCCGGUGCUGCCCCCUCGCCCCAAACCAGGACACCCUCUCUACAGGAAAUACAUGCUGUCUGUGCCUCAUGGAAUUGCCAAUGAAGAUAUUGUCUCCCAAAACCCUGGAGAACUCUCCUGUAAGCGUGGGGACGUACUUGUGAUGCUGAAGCAGGCAGAAAAUAAUUACUUGGAAUGCCAAAAGGGACAAGAUAUUGGCAGAGUUCACCUGUCUCAGAUAAAGAUUAUCACCCCACUUGAUGAACAUCUUAGAAGCAGACCAAACGAUCCAAACCAUGCUCAGAAGCCCGUUGACAGUAGUGCCCCUCAUGCUGCUGUUCUUCAUGAUUUCCCAGCAGAGCAAGCUGAUGAUUUGCACCUCACUUCUGGAGAAAUUGUUUAUCUUCUGGAAAAAAUAGACUCAGACUGGUAUAGAGGGAGAUGUAGAAACCAGACUGGCAUAUUUCCUGCGAACUACGUCAAAGUAAUUAUUGACGUUCCAGAAGGAGGAAAUGGGAAAAGAGAAUCCAUUUCAUCUCAUUGUGUUAAAGGCCCAAGAUGUAUCACUCGGUUUGAAUAUAUUGGAGACCAGAAGGAUGAGUUAAGUUUCUCGGAGGGAGAAAUUAUUAUUCUCAAGGAGUAUGUGAAUGAAGAAUGGGCCAGAGGAGAACUUCGAGACAAAACUGGGAUUUUCCCCCUUAACUUUGUGGAACUUGUGGAGGAUCAUCCCACCUCUGGUGCAAGUAUUUUAAGCACAAAGGUACUACCCAAGACCAAAAAAGAAUAUUCUGGUGCAAAUUCUCAGGAUAGUAGUCUUUCUGGAGAAUGGUGUGAAGCUCUUCACAGUUUCACAGCAGAGACCAAUGAUGACUUAUCCUUCAAGAGGGGAGAUCGGAUCCUGAUCCUUGAGCACGUGGACUCUGACUGGUACAAGGGCAGACUGGGGGACAGGGAGGGGAUCUUCCCAGCAGUCUUCGUGCGGCCCUGCCCAGCUGAGGCAAAAAGUACGUCUGCUUUAGCACUGAAGGGGAAGAAGGCCAAAGCUUUAUAUGAUUUCCACGGAGAGAAUGAAGAUGAGCUUUCCUUCAAGGCUGGAGACAUCAUAACAGAGCUGGAAUCUGUAGAUGAUGACUGGAUGAGUGGAGAACUAAUGGGAAAAUCUGGAAUAUUUCCCAAAAACUAUGUUCAGUUUUUACAAGUCAGCUAAAGGUGAAGCUUGACGGUGUUCUUUGGCACAAGAACUCACUUGAAUAUCACUUUGACUAUCAGAUAUGUUUUUGCACUAUUUUUUUAAACUGAAAGAAAUAUCUAUGCUGUCCAUGGUACACUAGAAUUUUCUGAAAGCAGAAUACGUCUAGAUUUUGUAGUCAGCUUUCAUUCACAGUAGAAACAUACACAUGGAAACCGAUGAGCAACCCUCGGUAUCCUCCCAAGGAGAACAUCAGGCAGCAUUAGCAGGGCAGAUACCCACUUCCCGCAGGGAAAGUGUCAGGCGACAUGGGAGCAUGGGGAGGCUUACAGGCAGAAGUUGCACUUGGACAUCUUUGCAUCAGCAUAAGGAAAUUAACCAUGCUUCUUCAUUUUUUACUGUAGUUUAAAAAGAGGACAUUUAAUAUUCUCCAUGCUGUAACUAUCAGGAUAUGUUUGGUCAUCUAAAUUUCAUUUUUGACAUUCAAAUGAAUUCUAACCAUUUAAGCUCAUUAUCAUUAUUACCAGGGCAAAUCUUUGCUUCAGGUGGGGGCACUUUAUUAAAUAGUGGGAGCCUUUAUUAGCACUUGGUGAAUCUGCUUGUGCUCAUCAAAUGCUCCUUGUGUUAAAAGUAUUUUCCCUUUGUCCAAGGACUUUAAAGGGGGUUAAAAUUUGAUGUAUCUUAGUCAAAAGAGCCAAAACCAUCCUGAAAUGCCAUGCUAAUACAACUAACCCCUCCACAUACCUGCCAUACCUUCUUUCUUCCAUGUAUACUUUAUGUUAACGGGGUUAUUAUAAAGCACAUCUCCUGAAUCUGCAAUCAUUCUUUUGACAAUUACUGGUGCCCAAAGAAACAUUCAUUUUCUUUGUGUUACCCCAGUAAUAUAUAAAAACUGUAUCUUGUUAGAGUGGUACAUUAUGAAUCACAUAUAUCUCCGAAUACAAAGCAACUGUUAAAACAGAAAACACCAAACCCCCAUAGCUCAUUUCUUCCCACUGUAAUCAGAAUGAAAAGUAAUUUAAGAAGACUGAAGGCUGAUACUUCUUUGGGUUUUUUUCUCCACCUCAUUCCUGCAGAAAUUACUAGGGUAAAUAAAAAACCACUUUCCUCCUAUCCAUUUGUUAUACAUUCCAGACUUAAGAUGAAAGUGGUUCUUCAUGUGACUGAAUCAAUUACAGUUUAUGGGCUUAGCCCAAACAGGUCGAAGACAAUCUUCCAAGCAGAUCAAUGGAAUAGCAUUUCGUUGGAAAUGUAAAACACUUCCCCAACAACCUUCACAAUUUUCUUCUGUUUUUGAGAAGAGUUUUGUAUGCUUGGCCACUUUUUAGCUUUUGUCAUAUUGUUUGCCACUGUCCAGAAAGUUAGGCACCAGUUGUCGUUAUGUGAAUGCCAUGUGGGGUUCUAUAAAGGAGGAGAUGUUCCCUUUGUCUUUGAGGGAAGUUCAUCUUCCAGUUAUAUGGUUAAUUGAUUUUGGAGUAUGGGAGCUGGGCUUGUUUUGUUUUACAUUUUGGCUAAAGAGGACAGUAUAAAGAAAACUCUUGUCAAAUCUCACUUAAGAGUAAUUUCAUGAGGAAUUAAUGACUUAGAGCAUUAUCUCAACUACAUCCUUAUUUGCAGUGGGGUGCACAACGGCAAGAAGUGGAGGAUGUGUGUGGAAUAGGACAUGAGGUGUAUUAUUUUGCCUGUAAUUUUGACAUCAUUUAUCAAAGAUCGUGAAAGCCUAGCUUUAUUGGAGAAAAAAAUCCCUCUUAAAUUUCGGCCUUGUGUUAGCAGAAUGAUAAGUGCAAUAGUUGUAAAUCUACUUGACACUAUAAUAAACUGAACUGAACUUUUCAAAGUCCUUUUCUCAUACUACACUGAGUUUUUUGAGAAUGGAGAUGGUACCUUUGUAUCUCCAGCCCUUUGCACCAUAUAAGCUCAAUAAAGGUUGGUUUGUUGGUUGGUGGGGGUUGGAUGAUUGAUUGGUUGGAUGGAAAGCUUUCACAUGUAGCAAUACUGUCUUGAAUCCCCAAAGAUCCAAUAUCUUUGCUCUUUAACUUUUUUUUUAAGAUUUUAUUUAUUUAUUCAUAAGAGACACAGAGUGAGAGACAAAGACAGAGACACAGGCAGAGGGAGAAGCAUGCUCCAUGCAGGAAGCCCAAUGCAGGACUCAAUCAAUCCUGGGACUCCAGGAUCAUGCCCUGGGCCAAAGGCAGGCGCUAAAUGCUGAGUCACCCAGGGAUUCCCCCUCUUUAACUUGUUGACAAAAAUCUUUAUUGAGACAAAAUUCACAGUUUUGUAUCAUUUCAUUCCUUCAUGACUAUAUUUUUUGCUUGCCACUUAUUACCCACUCAACUGAUAAAAGGCCAUGAUGUUGCUCAGUAUGGGUUUUCAUAGGUACCUCCUUGUUCUCUGUAUUGAUUGAAUGCAAUUUUUAUACUCAGUGAAUUUCAUAGGGGAGAAAUAGGAAUGUAUUCUUUUUCCUUUCCAUAAUUUUAGGUGAAACUUGAUAUUGUGCGUCCAAGCUUUCUCAAACUAGAAUCUUGGGAUCCUUUUUCUUUAGUAGGUUGAAACAAGGGAAGUCAUUUAAUACAUCAUUAUCAUCUUUUGAAAAACUUUAGAUUUUUAAAAGAUGUCCUUGUUUAUGUGAGGGGCAGGUAAUGUAAUGUAUCUGUCAUUGUGCUCCUGGAAAUCAUAGGUUUUACAUAUAUCCUGAAACAUUCAUAGUGAAAAACAAUCAGUGUAUUUAUCAAGAUUUAUUGUUAGAACUAACAUUUGAAAAAAAAACAAAAUAUUUUCCUAUGGUAUCUGUUACACAUCAGUACUCUUAAUAAUUUUUUUUUAUUCAGUUUCUUAACUGAGUAAGUCAUUGUUAUAGUCAUUAAUGGUUUAUCCCUUUUAAUUAGUGCCAGAUGCAUGUGGCCCAUAUGAUUCAUAAUUCAAUGCCAUUUUGAAUACUUAAUAGUGAAUUUUUUCAAACUAAUAGGAAAUCAUUUCUAACCUAUGCCUUUUUACUUCGCUGUAAUUAUAGUGGAGGAAAAAAUACAAAGCCUAAGUCAGAACAGCAGCACCAUCUAGGGGCCUCUCUCCUAAUUGCAAGCUCAUCCUGUUAAAUGACGGAAGGGUCUGCAGACCAGAACUCAACCUGCACAGGUUAAAUGAUUUAUUUGCCUAAGGUCAUACAGGGACGGCGGAGCAAAACCUAGCUGGCUCUACUGAUUCCCAAUUGAGUACCUUUUUCCAUUUGUGAUGCUAAAGUAAACCAUUUCUCUUUAGCAAUUAAACAAGUAGAUUUGAUCUGAUUUAUUGUUCUGUAAACAUAACUUCUCAGGUAUAAUACUUGUGGUUAGAAUGAAUUGAGGGGAUUAAUUAAAGCCUUGAAUUUCUUUCUCUUCAAGAAAAAAAGAAAAUUCCUGCUUAGUUUCUCAGUUUUAUGUAGGCAAUUUGUAUAUUAACUGAUUACCUAGAAAUUCAAACAUGAACUGAUCUAUUGAUGGGGAUUCCUUUUUGCUUAAUAGGGAAUUUAUGAAUGCUUGAAACAUUAGGUCAUGAAAAAGUCUGUCUGUAGGGCUGUGUUCUUGGUAGGAGCAAAAAAUUCCUAACUCUAGGUUUUCAUACACAUAUAGUGCAAAACACUGUUUUUUUUUUUAGUAUUUUGGAGUCUAAUAGAUUAACUCAGGCAGUGUUAAGGUAAUAAAUUUAUAUUUCAGAGUCUGGGAUAUAUCCUGAACUUUUUUUAAAGAAAGAAUCUGUAUGUAAGCCCUGGGUUAUUUAUUUUUCUUCAAAUACUGUAAAUUAGGCAAUAACUCAAUGAUUUAACUUUCAGGAGAAGUAUCAAUUAAAAUUCAUAAUUUAGAAAGGAAAAUCACCUAUUAAUUAUCUGUCCUCUUUUAACAGAAAUCAACUGAGACUCUUAAUACCAAAAUACCCAUAUUUAGUUCUUCUUUACAAUUAAAAGGACAGCGGCAUUUAUUUCUUCAAUCAUACCUAAGUUUUUUUAUUCAAUAGAGCCCUGACUCAGAGGACCACAGAGGCCCACCACAUUGUUUCCGAAUCCCAGGUAGCUUAUGACUGAAGAGCAGAGUUGUUAAUUCCAAACAGCAUCAGAGCAUGUAACUAAGCGUUCAAUGCAGUACUCUAGGAUUGCUUUGUACAGACACACCUCAGUGAUAUUGGGGAUUCAGUUCUAGACCACUGCAAUAAAGUGAAUAUCACAAUAAAGCAAGUCAGAUGAAUAUUUUGGUUUCCCAGUACAAAUAGAAAUUCUGUGUAUACUAUACCAUAGGCUAUCAAGUGUGCAGUAGCAUCAUGUCAAAAAAAAUUUACAUACCUUAACUUUAAAAUACUUUAUUGCCAAAAAAUGAUAACCAUAUCUGAGCUUUCGGUAAGUUGUAAUCUUUUUGCUGACAGAGGGUGUGGCCUCGAUGUUGAUGGCUGUUGACUGACCAGGAAGGUGAUGCUAAGGGCUGGGGUGGCUGUGGCAGUUUCUUAAAAUAGGACAACAGUGAAGUGUGCCACACUAAUUGACUCUUCCUUUCAUGAACAAUUUCUCUGUAAUGUGAUGCCAAUUAAUAGCAUUUUAUCCACAGUAGAACUUCUUUCAAAAUUGGAGCCAGUCCUCAAACCCUGCUGCUGCUUUAUCAACUAAAUUUACAGAAUAUUCUAAAUCCUUUGUUGUCAUUUCAACAGUCUUCACAAUAUCCUCACCAGGGAUGGAUUUCAUCUCUAGAAAUCACUUUCUUUGCUCAUCCAUGAGAAGCAACUUCUCAUCCCUCCAAGUUUUACCAUGAGAUCACAGCAAUUCAGUCUCAUUCAGGCUCCACCUCUAGUUCUAGUUCUCUUGCUUUUCCCACCACAUCUGCGGUUACUUCCUCCACUGAAGUCUUGAACUCCUCAAAGUCAUCCUUCAAGAUUGGAAUCAACUUCUUCCAAACUCCUGUUCAUGUUGAUAUUCUGACAUCUUCUCAUGAAUCAUAACUGUUCUUAAUGGCAUCUAGAAUGGUGGAUCCUUUCAGAAGAUUUUCAAUUUACUUUGACCAGAUGCAAUAGAGGAAUAAGCUAUCUAUGGCAGUUGUAGCCUUGUGAAAUGUAUUUCAUUUCAUUAAGAACACUCAAAAGUUGACAUUAUUCCUUGAUCCAUGGGCCACAGAAUGGACGUUGUGAUAGCAGGCAUGAAAAACGAUGACGUCCACCUCCAUCAGAGUUUUUGGGUGACCAGAUGCAUUGUCAGUGAGCAGUCAUAUUUCAAAAGGAAUCUUCUUCUCUGAGCAGUAGGGCUCAACAGUGAGCUUAAAAUGUUCAAUAAACCAUGUUGUAAACAGA